AGAAUUACUUUCUUUUCUUACACUGCGUGUUAUGAACAUAUGAUAAAUCUUCAGAAAGUAAUGCUUUUUCCGUAAAAAAAAAAAAUUUAAGUUAGAUUUGAACCAGGAAUCAAGAAGAUGAAUGCACUUAAGUCGAAAAGCGUAAAAAGAAUCAUCUUUUUUUUUGUUUGGUAUUAAGAUAAAAUUAUUUAAAAAAAAAAUAGACUAACAGAUUGAUUAAUAACACUAGUCUUUUUAAAAGCCUAACUAAGAGUAGUUUAGUGAGCACUGCAGCUCCGGUUAGGUUUCCCCACCAAGACAAAAAAAAAAGUCGUUUUAAAACAAUGCUUUGGUCUUUCUUUGUUAAUUUUAUUUAAAUAGGCUAUUUUUAAUAUUGAUGAUGUAAUCCGCCUCUUUUAUUAAUUAAUUUUUGUUAAUGUUCGUUGUUAAUUAUCGUCAUUCCAGGGUGGUUGGGUUUAUUAUUAAACAAAGUUUUAUCCUCUCUUGUUUUCCCGGUUUCAGUCGACGAUCACUUUUCUUGCAUUAGCCAUGCUUCAUUUUUUUGUUUGAAAGUACGAAAUUUCAUGGCAGCGGACAGGGGAAAAGUCAAAGUCGCCCUUUUAUUAUUUUUCUUUUGUCAUGGCAUUCAUUUCAUUAGUUCAUUACUUCAUUUCAUUGGUAGGAUCGGACAUGUAGCAACAAGACUUACGGAACCUACCAUUUAUUUUAGAAGUAUUAUUAUGAGAAAAUAUUUGGUAGUAGUUUUUAAAUAAAAGGAAAGGAAAAUGAGAAAGAAAAUAUAGUUUUUUUUAGUAAGAGUUGUUGUAUAUUUAGCAUUGUUGAAAAACAGAUAUGCUCUAACAUGUCCCAACCUCAAGAGGGAGGAGCUUUCACACAGAGUUCCAUCAAAUGAAUUUGCUUAAAAUAUUUGUAAAUUUGCCCCAUCUUACUUUUUCUAUAUUUAAAUAUUGGAAACAAAACUCUGAAUAUUUUAGACAGAUCCAUUUGAUGGAACUCUUUGUGCGAACCCCAUGAAAUACUUUGCUUUCUUUUAUAUUUCUUCUCCCUAAUAUCUUCAAUAUGGAUCCGAUGUUACAUUUCUGUGCCAUUACUGUCAGGUUACAUGGAUCCACACAGUCAAGAAAACGCCAACAAUUCUCUUGGUGCGGUCACCAUGGUCGCUUCAGAUUGCCCGCAUAUUGUACUCAAAAGCGAACUGGUUUUCCUUCCAGUUAUAGUGGAGGAUAAUGAUUAGAAAUUUUAAUUUAUAUGGCACUACGGCGAGAGAUCUCUGGAGGCUUUUUAGUUUAGUUGGGGUGCAAUGGAGCUGGGAGCCCAUCCAGAGCGUUACUGUUUGGGCCUUACACAUAACAAUGUCGCCUAUCAAGCCCAGGAGAAUAAACUAUUCAUUGGAUUUUGUUUAAAGCCCAGACCAGUUAACCCAAACUUAUUCCGACUGAAAAGGAUUUUUAGUUUACACUUAAAGGUGAAAAUGUGCAUAGUGCUUAUGCAGUGGCCUGUAUCAGUGGCUAAGGAAAGUGGGCAAUUCAAGGUACAUGGCUGAACCACUAAUAUGGCUUCGUGAACUUGAUUCGGCGAGGAUACAACGCUACCACUACUAUACCAUCGUGGUUGCUGGACUUGGAUUACUUACUUUUGGCUAUUCAUUCUUCUGCGGGUUCCUUGUCAUCAUACUGCUAAGGUGUAUGAAAGCCCCUUCCAUACCCAGCCCUGGUGAUUUUUAUCCUGUUGUGCAUCCUAGUGUAGAUGUUUCUGCACUUGGUGGCACUUUAGCUGGACAACUUAUCUUUGGUUUAUGUUGUGAUAAAUUUGGGAGAAAAAUAGUUUAUGAAUUUAUACUCACUUUGAUGGUGGUUUGUUGCUGCUGCUCUGGUUUAUCUUUUGGUACUAAAGUAGAAGCUGUCUUGGUCACACUCUAUUUCUUUAGAUUCUGCCUUGGUUUUCUAGGUGGUGCUACCUACUCUCUUGCAGCUACAUUCAUAUCUGAGAAUGCAAACAAAAGGAAACGUGGAAUGUUCAUUGCUGCAGGGUUUGCUAUGCAAGGAUUGGGAACCUUGUUUGCUGGGAUAGCUGUUAUAAUCAUCUCAUCUACCACUAUCCACAAAUAUCACGACUUUUAUUGGCGCAUCCUUUUGAUGUCUGUGGCAGUGCUACCUUUUGGAGCUUACUUGUUGCUUAAGACAAUGCCCGAGACCCCUCGCUUCACAAACUUUGUUAGCAAUAAUCCAUCACAAGCUGCAUCAGAUGCCUAUGGGGCACUAAAUCUUCAAUUACCAUCUGGUCAGGAGAAUGCUCAGCAUCUAAAUGUGGGUCAAAAUCUAACCUAUCAUCUUUUCAGCAGAGAGUUUUGGAGUUCCCAUGGCUGGCACUUGUUGGGAAUUGCUGGUUCUUCGUUAGUCUUGGGCAUUACCUCCUUGAGUAGCUUAUUAUUCCUAAAUUUGAUUUUCAGGUCCAAAGGGUUGAUCCCUCCUGCCAAAGGGAUUGACGCAAUUCAUGAGUAUCAGGAGAUUGCAAAAUUGCAAACGCUUUUACUCCUACCAAGUUUUAUUGGGUCCAUGUUUGCAGUUUUCUUCAUUGACUGCAUAGGCCGUGUUCCUAUUCAAAAUUUGGGUUUCUUCUUCAAGGCUGUCUUCAUGUUCGCUGCCGCACUGAGCACUCCCUGGGAGAAGGAAAGUAACAUUUCUGGUCUUUGUGUGUUAUAUGUCCUUGAUAACUUAUUCUCCAGUGCGGGGCCAAAUGCAACCGUGUUUGCUCUCCCUGUAGAGAUCUUCCCAACAAAGUUCAGGGCUACUUGUCAUGCCAUAUCAGUUGGCGCAGGUAAGUUUGGAGAAAUUGUGGCUGUUAUUUUGUUCCGCUUUGUAGCACAUAAUGACCACAAAAUCAUCAAAAUACUCUUCUUCGGUCUCUGUGUUUCCAACAUAUUAGCAAUUAUAAUGACCCUAUUUGUGCCGGAGUCAAAGGGGAAAACACUGGAAGAGUUGAGUGGGGAGAAUGAAGAUCAUGGUGCUCGGGCUACUGAGUUGGCAAGGUCUGGCAGGAUAGCUGCAGUGUGAGGUGAAUUUAUUAGAGGAAUUUUUGGAUUUUUUGGGUCAUAGGAAUAUUUGGAUACCCACGCUGGGUUUGUGUUAUAUUAUUCUGUAAUUUUUGCUUCAAUCAUGUUAGGUAUAGAUCAAAAUUAGCUAUCAAAAUUAUCAAAAUUAUCCAUCAGUAUGGAAUACACAUUGAAAUACAAAAUAUAUAUUAAAAUUAAGUUAAAUUAUAUA